AUGCGAAUACUGACGUGGAACAUCAAUGGAGUUCGUACGCUCAACCAAUACCAUCCAUGGUAUACACUCAAGACGCUUGAGGCAAUGCUGGAGAGCGAGGAGAUUAAAUCGGAUAUAUUCUGUUUUCAAGAGAUGAAGAUUGCUCGAACUGCCAUAGACCGAUCUAUUGCACUCCCUGGGCCGUAUGAUGCAUUCUUCUCGCUGCCAUUGGGUAAGAGCAAAGGCGGAUACAGUGGUGUUGCUGUGUAUGCAGAUUCGAGAACGGUGCGACCCAUGAAAGCGGAGGAGGGCUUGUCCGGGCUGUUACAGCCCAAACCUUCACUUUCGCUCGAAGAACGUGUCUCUCGGCACUACCGUCAAGCUCAUUUGCUGGACUUCAUUCCGGAUGAAAAAGGCGCAAUACCGUCCGAUGUUAUAGAGCUGGACAAUGAAGGACGAGCAUUAGUGCUUGACUUUGGUCUGUUCGUUCUCAUCAAUACCUAUUGCCCGGCGGAGGCUUCGGAGAAUCGACUCUCAUUCAAGAUCAAUUUCCACAAUAUGCUGCGAGAACGAGUCAGAAUAUUGAUAGAAGAAGAACACCGGGAAGUGAUCGUGGUUGGCGACAUAAACAUCUGCUCGCAACCUAUCGAUCAUUGCGAUGGCCGCCUGCAGAGCAAACGGAGCGUUUGGUGGGAUCACCCACCCCGUGUUUGGUUACGCGAUUGGCUUCAACCUACAGGCAAGCUCGUUGAUCUCACUCGGAAGUUUUGGCCUGAUCGGACGGGGAUGUAUACAUGCUGGAAUACUCUUAUUGAUGCACGAACGGCCAACUAUGGAACACGAAUCGAUUACGUUUUAUGCACCGAGGGGCUGAUUCCUUGGAUCAUGCAUUCAGAUAUUCUUCCAAAUGUGCACGGCUCUGAUCACUGCCCCGUAUUUGUCGAUUUUUUCGAUGAGAUCACGUUGCCCGAUGGCAAGGUGCGACGGCUGAGAGAGGAGAUGAAGUAUGACCCAACCAGGGCGCUUCCCCGGAUCGCGACACGAAAUUGGGAUGAAUUCUCCAAUAAGCAACCAUUGCUUUCAUCAUUUUUUGGGAAGACUGCAAUUACUCCGCCCAUCGACCGCCCUCCGAGUUCAUCCUGCGAUCCGAAAGAGCAACCCAUGUCCCAAGCCCCAGAGACAACUUUCGAGACAUCGCACUCCCCAGAUUCCCUUUCAGAUGCGGCCUCGAAUGCCGUAUCUAGAGACACUGCCCCUUUGCCUGCCCAAGUGGUGGUGGGAGCGCCAAGUUCAGCUCCCAAGUCACAACGACAGGCCACUUCGCAAGAUCGGAACAAAGGAAAAGACGCGAAGAAAAGACCAAAGAACAGGCAAUUGAAGCUGUCCUCGUUUUUCGGUGCGAAAGGCGCAGCAGAGUCAUCGACACAGGCGGUGCCUUCUAAAGUAAAGAGCAGUAAAUCGCGAACUCCGUCUCAGCGAACUCCGUCUCAGUCGACACAGAAUUCGACAAGCGAGAUCGAGGAUUCGGAAGAUGACGUGUGCUGGGAGAAAAUUAUUGGUCAAUCGGGAGCAUCAGAAUCGUCCAAGGCUGCUUGGUCGAAUAUUCUUACUCGGCCGUCUGCCCCGAAGUGUUCUGGCCAUGGUCUGCCCGCCAAGGAAUUUGUGGUGAAUAAACCAGGACCGACGAAGGGGAGACAUUUUUACCUCUGCUCUUUACCUGUUGGAACGGGCUAUGAUGCCGGGCACUCCAAGCGGUUACGCGAAGAGGUCAAUCCAGAGUUCCGAUGCAACUUCUUCAUGUGGGCAAGCGAUGUCAAGAAAAGAGCCGUUGCUUCGCAAAGCUCGCCCAGCACAAAAAAGCAACGCCUUUGAAGCCACAAUGAGGCAAGACUAACUGAUGUUGCUGUACAAUUUGUUUCAUCGCAUGUAUACCCACGACAUUAAUACCUACGUUGCACACUCUCGUGGUUCAUUAACAUUUGAUGUAUUUCAGGAUGCUUCUUGCUUGUGUCCAGGUUCCAAUUCAAGAUAUUCUAAACGUGCC